AUGGUCCUCGUCAAUUGGUGGAAGGUAGAUGAAGAAAGCAAGAAGAUGGUAUUGACAGCAAAUGUCUCAGAACUUCCCCUAGAGGUGGCAGAGUUUUUGCUUGACUCAUGGGAAGAUGUCAAGAUUACACACGAGAUGAUAGCAAAAGCUAUCGGAAACCCAACUCAACCUGUUGGACUGGUUACCUCCCUUCUAAACCGAAGUAAUGAGAGCGUCACGAUCACAUAUGAGAUGGUAUUGGAAGCUAUCAGAAACAGAGCCCAACCUGUUGAUUUGACCAAAUUUCUUCUGGACCGAAGUGAGGGAAAGGUUGAGAUAUCACACGAGAUGAUAGAGACAGCCCUUGGGAAUGGAACCACGCCUGUUGAGUUGACAAAAUUCCUUCUAAGCCGGAGGAGGGACGACGUCAAAAUCACACAAGAGAUGGUAGAAGAAGCUACAGGGAAUCGUAAAAACACAAUGAUUUUAGCUCAGGUUCUUCUAAGUCAAGGCAGACAAGAGGCUAUGAUAGCACCAGAAAAUUUCGAUACGGUAAUCGAAAGGAAUCGCGAAACUAUGAAGUGGGUGGAACUGCUUCUCGAUGAACUAGACGAGGGCAUCACAAUUACGGAAAAGAUCGUCAAAUUCGCAUACCUUCAGGAUAACGAAAUCUCCUUUAUUGAAUGUUUCCUGCGUCGACGAAGAAAAGAUUUACCAAUAGCAGCAUCAGCAGUAAAAUACGUCCUAAGACACUUUCCCAGAGACGUAGUACAAAUCCUUCUCGACCAUUGUGAAUUUGACAACGUUUUCACGAAGGAAACCAUCAAAGGCAUUGGAGGGCGUUUACUUGGCGCAAAAGACAUGAUUUUAUCAUUGAUAGAUCAGCGAAGAGAUGUGAUCGACAGGCUCUUGGAUGACGAACAAGAGGCUUAUGCGGUUGAAAAGCUCGGACGGAACCUCUAUCGUAUUAACUUUCGCUAUGAGGGUGGUUGGAUAUAUUACAAAUGGAAAGAAGACAGGUGGGAAAUCAAGUAG